UCGAUUUUCAUUAGAAUCUAAGAUCAAAGUUUCGAACUUUACGCUUCUGGUAGUUAGUUUUCUCAGGAAAGUAUGCGACUUUGAAUGUUGAUUUAGCUCAUUUUCGUUUAUAGAAUGCUUUAGAGCCAAUUCUGAUAGAGAUAUAGAACUCCGGUGCUGAAAGAUUUGAUUUUUUUUUUUUUCAUGUAUUAGAUGGUGGAACGUUGUGUGAUCAAGAUUGAUUAAAGAAAUGGUUUUUGCGGUUUGUGUUGGUAAUGCAUCUCUUGUAUCUAUGGAACUGAGGUGGGUAAGAAGAAGCAAAUGUGAUGAUGCUGCAUCUGCAUUGCCUCGUUCGAUACCAAUUUUUAUCUCUACCUUGAAGAAAGACGUAAAUCUAGAGGAGCUGAGGCAUUUGUAUUCACGUUGUGACCACUCUUGCCACCGUUUCUCCAAGAAUGGUAGUGGCAUCGUUGACAUGAAGAAGCUGCGUACAGCUAUCUCCCGCAGCGAUGUUGUUGUCUCUGUGUUUUGCAAACCUCAUCACGCUGUUCUUGUUGAAGAGAGCGCCAGUGUUAAUGAUGAUGAUGCUGAAGAAGAAAGUUUGUCUUCAGAUUCAAGGAAACAAAACAAGGAUGAGAGUUCUCUGGGAGAUAUGUUUCAGGACGUGCUGCCUCUCAAUCCUACAAAUGGCCAGCUUGUUGGGUUUGGUCGUGCCUAUUCUGAUUAUGGCUUGACCGCUUCUGUUCACGAUCUAAUGGUUUUACCUUCACUACAACGAAUGGGGAUUGGUAAACUGAUUGUUAACAGAAUCACCAGGCUUCUCACAAGCAGAGACAUCUACGACAUAGCAGCUCUCUGCUUCGAGCAUGAAAGGCCAUUCUUCAAAGCCUGUGGGUUUGCAGAUGACAGAAUGGGUUCCACAACGAUGAUGUUCACGAAGAGCUUGGAGGCCUAAUCUGAAGCUAGAAGAAGGCCGUUGGAUCUUUUAAAACUACAGGUCAAAGCAAGUUGAAUGAUCUUUAGACAAAAAUCUUUAUGAAUCUCUUUCUCUCUGUGAUGAUCAGAGAAAAAAAAGCCAAAGAUUCAGUGUCUUCUUUUUGCAUUUUUGGAUUUGAUGUCUUGUGACAACUCUUUUUUCACUUCUCUCUUGUCGUGUAAAGCAACGAAUAUAAGUUAGAUUCGGGCUAUUAUUACUCUGUUUCGAGA